CCGAGCUUUACACGGUGAAGAAGAUCUGUGCAACUGUUUGUUCUGAACUUUAGUGGUCCUCUUAGAUAGCGAAAAAAACUACAACACUACAAUAAGGUGAGGUAAAACAAUUUCUAAAUACUCAUUUUGUCAAUCUUACUCCAAAAUCUUAUUCAGUUCUCGCACCGAUGGAACAACACGUUAUCUAUUACUGAAUUUCCUCGAGUCCGUGAAUUGAGUAAACUUCAAUAGGUUAACUAAGGCAGAGAUUAGAUUUAUUACCACGUGUUUCAAGAAAAACGGAUGAUUCAUUUGUAAAUACAUUCGAGCCAAAGUGUUGAUGCCGUUUGGUAAGUUACUUAUUAAAAACAACCUUCAGCACGGCCACCAAGUUCGCGUUCAUUGCGAGCGCUCGCACGAACUCCAGCCGAAGAUGUCUUCAAAUAGUGAAUGAAACUUUGUCAUUUUUUCGCUUCGUCAAGGCCAUGAAACUAAAAUAAACUGGUACUGAUAGCUUGAGGAAAAUUAUGGCGGCUUCUAUCAAUCGAAACUCACCAAACCUUGAAAUGAACAACCCCCGUACACUACUGUCAUUUUGUGUAAACUGAUUUACCCAAUUCUUUAACAUGAUAAUCGUUCGUCAGUACUGGCUGUAAUUUAGAAUUAUCAAUUGAAUCUAAUAUAUAUCAUAGCUUUAUCAUUGAUGCCGAUUGUCGAUAAAAAAAAAAGUAGAUCCGUUCAGUUCACCUGCUGGGCUCGAUAAUAGUUCAAUAAUCACUAUUUCUUAAAAAGCUUCGAAAGUAACGAAACGAAACCGGAAGUCGCAUGGCCAAUUUUAGAUCUCGAUACCACGAAAAAGAUAAGACUCUAAUAAUUAUUUACUCAAGUGAAAACAAAUUGAUUAGCUUUCGUUUCGUUUCUUCUACUCGGAGUGCUGAUUCUACAAUUUUUCAUAUCUUGCUAGUGUUUGCUAUUCUUCGCUGAGAAGCUAUUCAGUUAUUCUGCAAGGCUAGUACCGAUUGCUUGCUUUUCUGUUCGAAGUUCUUGAUGUUUACUACUAAAAAUUAUCCACCAAAAUCAAGAGAUCAUAAUCUCUUUAUCAAAGCUAAGGUUUGUCCAUGAUGCGCAGCAUCCGUUCAACCCAAAGAUUGCGGGCGCAGGGUAUGGGACUUUCCCUCGAAACAAAAUACCCAAUUGUUUACUUCCGCUCGGGUUCCCCAUAUUUUUCGGUAGUCGCAAUGGCAGCGUCUGAGACAAAACUACCUGGAAUCGAAAGCCAGCGUUUGAUAGUUUUAGCCACCAAUGACGCAAUAAAAGCUCAAAAUGCUUUUUUUUUUCGAAUUUCAUGAUAUGAUUUCUACCAUUACAUUUAGCGAUAUUGUUUCAUCACUUGUGUUUUCAAGUUUCCAACGGCAUGCGAAAUAUUCACGGAAGUCUUUACAGGAAUUGAAGUUUAAAUCACAUCAUCAUAUUGAUUCCUUUUUUCUCAGCAUGUCUUCACUCAGUCUUCUGGAUGUGGCCGUAGAAGAACGGAAGGAGGAAUUGGGCGAGAAGGCUGUGACUUUCGUUUUUAAAAAGGAAGACCAUGCGAAGAUUCUUCUAGACAACCUUCGCGACAUGCAGGCAGGAAAUGAGGGAAUCUUAACUGACGUGAACCUCAUUUCCAGAAGAAAAGACUCCGAAGAAAAGUUUCAUUCUAUGCUCUUAGCAGCCAGCAGCCCAAAUGUUAAAGAUCUUCUUAUGGCAAGGAGUGUCAAAGAUUCCGCAAGGGCCAUUUUGCUUGACGGAUUGACCAAAGAAACUCUCCGGUGUCUUAGAAAAUUCAUCUAUAAAUGUGAGUUUACGAUAGAUGAGGACACUCUACAAGACCUUCACAACUUUGCCGUUCAAUUUGAAAUUGAUGCACUCGCAGCUAAGUGUGAAGAAUUACAGGAUCAUCAGGGAAGGAUAAAAGUAGUACCUGACGAUCACGGAGAUGUGCUUUUGGAGCUAUUGAAUAUGUUCUUCGAGAAAGAACUAACCACAACAACCGUAGAAGACUAUCAGGGAAAGAUCCAGUUAGCUGUGCAUGGCCCCCUCGUCGCGGCUGCGUCACCGGCCCUUCAAGAUAUCAUUUUGCAAGGUUGUACUCCUCAAAGAAGGCACCCCAUUCGUCUGGGCAUCCAUGCUAAUGUUCUUCGUGAUUUCAUUGGUUACCUCUACUCGGCGAAAGUGACUCUGCAGCGCAAAAAUGCUGUUGGUCUUCUCAGAGCCGCGUGUACUUAUCAAAUACCAGCACUUUCUCAAGUCUGUUGUGAAUGGCUGAUUGCUAAACUGGACACCUAUGAUGUGGUGGGUAUCCUGUGCUUGGUUCGCGAAUUAGAUUCUGAGCACACUGCAGAUCUGGAAAGAAGAACAAAGAAAAUUAUCAUCACCAAUUUCAGUUCGUUAAGUGCUGAACACGGAAUCAAUGCUCUUGGCCUUGAAGACUUGAUGGAAAUCAUCCAGGAUGAGUACCUUGAAAUUGAAGAUGAAGAACAUGUCCUUCACGUUGUCAUGAAAUGGUUGGAGUUUGACGAAAAGAAUCGUCUUCCUCACCUGAGCAGGUUGCUGGCUUGUGUCCGCUUGGAACAUACAAGCCUUGACUUCUUGGACACUAUCCAGCAGGAUCCAAGAAUCGGACGCUCUCCUGAAUGCCUUGAGGUAAUCGAGGAGGCCCGACAUAGGCUAGCUGACCAAGGCCACUCCAUGUCUCACUCCAGUAGUCACGAUGAUGAAGGUUUCCAGGGGAGCGAAGAAUCAUAUGAUGGCGACUCCUGGCACGAGGAUCCGCGAGAAGAACUCGAAGGCUUGUCAACCGCAUCUUAUAAUGGAGAAGACUUUGAGGAUAGUAACUUGCGCGAAAGUGACCAUAUUGACGACUGUUAUAGCUGUUGCACAGGUGACAGCUAUAACAGUAGCCCACGCGAAGAUGAACAUGACGACAGUUACUUGCGUGACCGAUAUUUACGUGAUAGCUACGUGCACGACAAGUCUCCGCCUCGGCGUGACAGCAGCCCACCAGAUAGUUACUCGCAUGAUUACUCACAACGUGGUCAUAUCAGCUCCAACCCGUCUGACGACGAAGAGGCGAGCUGCUUGUCGGGCCCGAAAAGGAAGGAUGGCCAGCCAGACAUGCGCUUUAAGGUGAAUCGAAGGAUUUUCUGUAAAAGUGGAAAUAACAAAGAUGAUUCCCGGGACUUGAGGCUGAGGGAACAUAGGAGAGAGUUUCCUGGUCCGGAUAAGAAGAAUGGAGAACCUGAUAUGCGAUAUAAGGUGAAUAAGGAAUUAUUUGGAGCGUUGAGGAAAACGUCAGCAUCAAUUUCAACCAACGUACCAGCAAAGGUUCACCCAGUGAAGAAGGAUGGUACGCGUGACAUGCGGUACAGAAACAACAGAACAGCACUCUGCGGCUCCUCCUAUGUUUCAAGUUCCGCAUGUUCUGUAGUUACUGGUACGCUUACCGGUGGAACAAAAUCCUCUUUGGGGCCGUCCUUGGCUAAAGUUUUUACCGCGGGACCUCUGAAGAAAAACGGCGCACCUGACAUGCGGUAUGCGGUGAACAAGCAGCGUUUUGGUAAUCUCCCCGCCGCUACAACCAGCUCGCGAGGACCUCUUAAGAAAGAUGGGAAACCGGACAUGCGUUAUGCAGCGAACAGACAGUCGCACUAUCCUCCGCAAUCUCGGUCCCAGGCGCAAGGUCCAUUGAAAAAAGAUGGAACCCCUGAUAUGAGAUACAAGGCCAAUAGGCGAUGA